UUGGGAGCUGGGGGUGGCGAGGGUAGGUGGGGGAGACUUUCCUCAGACGCCAAGGGUUGGGGUGGGUUCGGGUGAGCUGACCCCUGGAGGAAGUCAGGUUAGAGAUGGGGGUCACCGAGGACAAUAAGGCAGGUUGUGGCAAAAGGUAGCAAGUGCUCAGGGGGACCUGGGUCUCGCCGUUCGAACACCGGCUGCGGAGCGGGACUCGUGUCCACCCACCGUGUGACACACACUUGGCAGGCCAGGGGCGGGAGUCCGGCCGAGCCCGGGAACGUUGAGAUGCAGGGCGCCCCCUCGCGCUCCUCCGCGCGCCUCGGGGCUGGAGGAUGAAGCGCCGGCCGCGGCAGGUCCUCGCCAACCCCCUCCUCCUUUUUGCUCCCGCUCCCUCCCUCUCUCCCCUCGCUCCCAACUCCUCCCCCCGACCGUCUCUCCCCCCCCCCCCACCCCGGUCCCCCUUCGGCUCCCUCCGUCUCCUCCUCCCGGCUCUCACCCGCGCUCCGGGUCGAGAGCUAGUUGGAGCGCGGGGACCGCUGCCAGAGCCCAGCUCCGCGGAGCCGGGCGGGUCGGCCGCGCGUCCAGCGGCUGCUGGAGGAGCCCGAGCGCAGCGGCCGCGGGCCGGGGUCGGGACUGCUCGGAAGCGCCGAGCCCAGAGCCGGGGCCGUUCCUGCGCUGCCGCUCCAUUCCCAGACGGGCCGCCAGCCUUCCUGGUUCGCCUCCGGCGCUUCGUGCCACCGGGAGCCGGGAGCCGCCGAGAGCCGGGCACCUGUGCCCGCAGCCCGGAGAUCUUCCCCGGCCUGCCUCCAGGAGCUAGGACCGCAGAGGGGCCCACUAUGGUGUUCCCGGGACCCCUGGCUGUCACCCUGUUGCCACCCAGCCUCACACUGCUGGUGUUCCACCUGUCCUGCUCCCAGGAUGUCACCACCAACGCCAGCAGUGAGCAGGAGCUGUGCGCCCUGAGGGAGCACCCCACUGUGGCCUUUGCAGAUCUGAGGCCGUGGGUCUUUAACUUCACGUACCCCGGAGCACGAGAUUUCUCCCAGCUUGCUCUGGAUCCCUCCAGGAACCAGCUCAUCGUGGGAGCCAGGAACUACCUCUUCAGACUCAGCCUUGCCAAUGUUUCCCUCCUUCAGGCCACGGAGUGGGCCUCCAACGAGGACACGCGCCGCUCCUGCCAAAGCAAAGGGAAGACUGAGGAGGAGUGUCAGAACUACAUGCGAGUCCUGAUUGUCACUGGCCGGAAAGUGUUCAUGUGCGGGACCAACGCCUUUUCCCCGGUGUGCUCCAGCAGACAGGUGGGGAACCUCAGCCGGACCAUAGAGAAGAUCAAUGGUGUGGCCCGCUGCCCCUACGACCCACGCCACAACUCCACAGCUGUCAUCUCCUCUCAGGGGGAGCUGUACGCGGCCACCGUCAUUGACUUCUCAGGGCGGGACCCUGCCAUCUACCGCAGCCUAGGCAGCGGGCCACCACUUCGCACCGCCCAGUAUAACUCCAAGUGGCUCAAUGAGCCAAACUUUGUGGCAGCCUACGAUAUUGGGCUGUUUGCAUACUUCUUCCUGCGGGAGAACGCGGUGGAGCAUGACUGUGGACGCACCGUGUACUCUCGGGUGGCCCGAGUAUGCAAGAACGACGUGGGGGGCCGCUUCCUACUGGAGGACACAUGGACCACGUUCAUGAAGGCCCGGCUCAACUGCUCCCGCCCAGGCGAGGUCCCCUUCUACUACAAUGAGCUGCAGAGUGCCUUCCACCUGCCUGAGCAGGACCUCAUCUACGGGGUCUUCACUACCAACGUAAACAGUAUCGCUGCUUCUGCUGUCUGCGCCUUCAACCUCAGUGCCAUCUCCCAGGCUUUUAAUGGCCCAUUUCGCUACCAGGAGAACCCCAGGGCUGCCUGGCUCCCCAUCGCUAACCCCAUCCCCAACUUCCAGUGCGGCACUCUGCCAGAGGUGGGCCCCAACGAGAACCUGACGGAGCGCAGCCUGCAGGACGCGCAGCGUCUGUUCCUGAUGAGCGAGGCUGUGCAGCCGGUGACACCCGAGCCCUGUGUCACCCAGGACAGCGUGCGCUUCUCACACCUCGUGGUGGACCUGGUGCAGGCCAAGGACACGCUCUACCACGUGCUCUACAUAGGCACCGAGUCAGGCACCAUCCUGAAGGCACUGUCUACGGCGAGCCGCAGCCUCCGCGGCUGCUAUCUGGAGGAGCUGCACGUCCUGCCCCCCGGGCGCCGCGAGCCCCUGCGCAGCCUGCGCAUCCUGCACAGCGCCCGCGCACUCUUCGUGGGGCUGAGCGACGGCGUGCUGCGUGUCCCGCUGGAGAGGUGCAGUGCCUACCGCAGCCAGGGGGCGUGCCUAGGGGCCCGGGACCCAUACUGUGGCUGGGACGAGAAGCAGCAACGUUGCAGCACGCUUGAGGACAGCUCCAACAUGAGCCUCUGGACCCAGAACAUAACAGCGUGUCCUGUACGAAAUGUGACUCAGGAUGGGGGCUUCGGCCAGUGGUCACCAUGGCAACCAUGUGAGCACUUAGAUGGGGACAAUUCAGGAUCUUGCCUGUGUCGGGCCCGAGCCUGUGACUCCCCCCGACCCCGCUGUGGGGGCCGAGACUGCCUGGGGCCAGCCAUCCACAUCGCCAACUGUUCCAGGAAUGGAGCGUGGACUCCGUGGUCCUCGUGGGCCCUGUGCAGCACGUCCUGUGGGAUCGGAUUCCAGGUGCGGCAGCGAAGUUGCAGCAACCCUGCUCCCCGCCACGGGGGCCGCAUCUGCGUGGGCAAGAGCCGCGAGGAGCGGUUCUGUAACGAAAACACGCCUUGCCCGGUGCCCAUCUUCUGGGCGUCGUGGGGCUCCUGGAGCAAGUGCAGCAGCAACUGUGGGGGCGGCGUGCAAUCGCGGCGGCGGUCCUGCGAGAACGGCAACUCCUGCCCUGGCUGCAGCGUGGAGUUCAAGACGUGCAACCCCGAGGGCUGCCCGGAAGUGCGGCGCAACACACCGUGGACGCCGUGGCUGCCCGUGAACGUGACUCAGGGUGGGGCGCGGCAGGAGCAGCGCUUCCGCUUCACGUGCCGCGCGCCCCUGCCGGACCCCCACGGUCUGCAGUUUGGCCGGAGGAGGACGGAGACCAGAACCUGCCCCGCGGACGGCUCGGGAACCUGCGACACAGACGCCCUGGUGGAGGAUCUCCUGCGCAGCGGGGGCACCUCCCCGCACUCGGUGAGCGGGGGCUGGGCCGCGUGGGGCCCGUGGUCGUCCUGCUCCCGGGACUGCGAGCUGGGCUUCCGCGUCCGCAAGAGAACGUGCACGAACCCGGAGCCCCGCCACGGAGGCCUGCCAUGUAUAGGCGACGCCGCCGAGUACCAGGACUGUAACCACCAGGCUUGUCCAGUGCGGGGUGCCUGGUCCUGCUGGACCUCGUGGUCCCCAUGCUCAGCCUCCUGUGGUGGAGGCCACUAUCAACGCACACGUUCCUGCACCAGCCCUGCGCCCUCCCCAGGCGAGGACAUCUGUCUUGGUCUGCACACAGAAGAGGCACUGUGUGCUACAGAGGCUUGCCCAGAAGGCUGGUCACCGUGGUCUGAGUGGAGUGCAUGCACGGAGGACGGAGCCCAAAGCCGCAGCCGACACUGUGAAGAGCUGGUCCCAGGGCCCAGCGCCUGUGCCGGUAACAGCAGCGAGAGCCGCCCCUGCCCUUACGUGAUCCUGCCUGCCUCCAGCAUGGAGGAGGCCACCAGCUGUGGAGGGUUCAGUCUCGUCCACCUGGUAGCCACAGGCGUCUCCUGCUUCCUGGGCUCUGGGCUGCUGACCUUGGCCGUGUACCUGUCCUGCCAGCACUGCCGGCGCCAGUCCCAGGAAUCCACACUUGUCCACCCUGCCACCCCCAACCACCUGCACUACAAGGGUGGGGGCACCCCCAAGAACGAGAAGUACACACCCAUGGAGUUCAAGACCCUGAACAAGAAUAACCUGAUCCCCGAUGACAGAGCCAAUUUCUACCCACUGCAGCAGACCAAUGUAUACACAACCACCUACUAUCCCAGCCCACUGAACAAACACAGCUUCCGGCCUGAGGCCUCACCUGGACAACGGUGCUUCCCCAACAGCUGAUAACACUGUCCUGGGGACUUGGGCUCCUUGCCUUCUUAAGGCACAGAGCAGGUGGAAAUGGGACGGUUGGAGCCAGUUUGGUUUUCUCCUUCUGCACUAGGCCAAGAACUUGCCGCCUUGCCCUUGGGGGUCCCAUCCGACUUCAAAGAGCUCUGGCUGGCGGUGACCAUGGGGGAGAGGGCUGGCUUCAGGCUGGCACGUGGCUGGAGUUCCAGCUCAGCCCAGGUCUCUCAUGGCCUCCUUGCAACCCACUACCGUGCUCAUCUCCCCUGCCGUGUCUGGGCUGUGGACCUACUGGGCAUGUGAGGAACUGGAGAGGAGAUGGCAGGACAGCAGGCUCUUAGGUUUGGGCUGGAAAUGAUGCUCAUGUGGCCCUCACGGGCCGAGGCUGUCCCUCUCUGGCUGGCCCCAGGAAGCGCCUGGGAUCCACCCUGAUUAUCUGUGAGAGGAACUAAGCAAAUGGCCCCAGAAGCUCUGGAUUCUCCGCCCAGGGCCGGGCCACUGUGGUGCUGCCCCAGUGUGACCUGGAGACCAAGGCUGGCCCAGGUUGUCCACCUUUGCCUAGCAGUCUGUACUUUGCCUAGGGACAUCCCUCUGGUCAGAGGCAGUGAGGGCUGGGGACUGAAGAUUGAUCUUUGCUAAGAAGCCCUUUAGUCUGGCUGGCACAGGCCUCAGCUUUGCCCUCAGAAUGCAGGAAAAGUGGUCCAAAAGAAAGGGAGGCAGGAGUCCACCCUCUGUGCCGCUAUGGAGACUGUCUUCCAGUUGCUGCUCAGUAGAGCUGUUGGCCGAGACCUGCUUGGGAGUCUCUGGGGCCCUUCAUGUGUUCAGGAACACACACACAUGCACGUGCGUGCGCGGGCGCGCACGCGCGCGCACACACACACACACACACACACACACACACUCAACAUGCUGCAGCAACAAAAAGGAUGUUGGGCUGUGGCAUUAUUAAUUAAAGAUGGUAUCUGGU